AUGAUUACCCGUUUUCUUCUCGGCACUCUCCUCGUCGGCAUCGCUCUCUCGGCGCCCGUUCCCCUUCCUCUGGAGGAGGAUUUCAAUGUUUUCCAUACCAAACAGGAGAAUCAUGGUAUACUACAUUCCCCAGUGAUAACUAUUCUGACCAUCGUAUAUUGUAGAGCAACGAUUUUUGCGAGUGGACAACAACAAGGACAAAGUGAUCACUUUCGACGAGUUCUUGCACAUGGAGCUCGCUUAUGUGGACGCCAAGAAGGAAGAGUUUGACACUCUUGACAAGAAUCGUAAGUUUCUCAAAACCAGGCAUAUUUUGAAAAUGUUUUCAACUAAAAACUUCUGGAAAACUUGUACGCCCUCUUUUUGCAAAACGUUUCCCACUCCAGGCGACGGAAAAGUGAGCCUGGCCGAGUACGAGGAGCAUUUCCAUGAGGCUUCGAGCAAGAACGAAAAGUCGCGAACUGCCUACUUUGCCAAAGUGUUCGAAGAUUUCGACGAGGACUUUAAUAUGGCGUUGAGCCGAGAUGAGCUCGAGAGAGUGCUCGCCGAGCGGUUCCUGGUGAAGCCGAGGGAGAACUUCCCGAAACUUUUCUUCAAAUUCGACGUGGACAAGUCUGGAGGUCUUGAUCUCACUGGUAGGAGUGAAAAAGAAGCUUGACCAGCAGUCAAGAUGUUCUUUUCAGAGUACAUGAAGUUCGACGCCGAGUUCCCAUUCGAUCAGACCGAUCCAGUCGGUGGAGGACCAUCGAAGGUAAUCAGUCAACUGAGAAAGCUAGUCCACUCAAUUUGUGAUUCUAGGCCAACGACCACCACACCCAAAUGCACACCGAGAUCCCGAACGAUGCGGACGCGGCAGCCAUCGCCGCCGUCCUCGCCCAGGCCUCCCCGACUCUGAACAGAGCCCCAGCGGGCUCGGGAGCCGUUCCAAACGGACCAGGACUUCAUCCAGUUGCUCCGGGAGCCUUCCAACCUGCCGUACCAAUCAAAAAAGUCUAA